GUCGCGGAUCUGCUCCUUGGAGGCGUGCGAAAAUUUUGAGCUCACCAUCUGCAUGCGGGUGAUGUGCUUUUUCCACCACAAGUACUUCUGCACGUUCGGGCCAAGCGCUGUCAGCAGCCUUUCCUGACCGGAACCGCGACACCAGCAACCACUUCUCUCAGGGACAGGGCACACACCGCUCGGUCUGCAGUUGCCGCCUUUGGACCAGCCCGACGAUGGCACCGCAAUUCCUCGACUCCAUCCGCGAAGGCUAUGACACCAUGUUCCACAAAUGGGGCGACCCACGGACCUCUAAUCUUCCUUUGAUGGGCAGCCCCUUCCCAACCCUUUUCAUCUUAUUCUGCUAUUUGCGGUUCGUGAACGUGUGGGGCCCAAACUUCAUGAGGAACAGAAGAGCGUUCAAUUUGGACCGCAUAAUCAUCGUGUACAACCUGCUCAACGUUCUGGUCAGCGCGUGGCUCUUCUACGAGGCCUGGGACGGCGCCUGGAAGGAAUACAGCUACACCUGCCAGCCGGUCGACUGGACGGACAACCCCAAAAGCAGAAGGAUAAUCCGAGCCAUGUACGUCUAUUUCCUGGUGAAAGUAAUAGAACUGGUGGACACGGUUUUCUUCAUCCUGCGCAAGAAACUGAACCAGGCGUCGUACCUGCACAUCUACCACCACACUGGCAUGGUCAUGCUCUCCUGGGGAGGCACCAAGUGGCUGCCGGGUGGCCACGGCACUUUCCUAGGAUUCAUCAACAGCUUCGUCCACGUUGUCAUGUACUCCUACUACCUGAUUACAGCGCUCUAUCCUCAGUACAAGCAGAAUAUUUGGUGGAAGAAAUACAUCACGCAAAUGCAAAUGAUUCAGUUCGCGAUGAUCAUCAUUCACUCGAUGCAGCUUCUGUUCCGAGAAUGCGACUAUCCAAAGUUCACCGUUCCGAUUGUGGUAUCGCAGAACGCCUACAUGUUCCUGCUUUUCUUCAGGUUCUAUUUGUCGGCCUACGUGAUGAAGAAGCCGCAGCAACCGCAGACAAACGGCGUGCAGCACCCGGCCGCCGACACGAAAGCCGCCACCGGUGGACCGAAACAGUCAUGAACGUGCCCGAUUAAAUUAAGUUAAAGUGUAAUUGAUUGUAAUAAAAGCUCAGCACUGCGAGGAUUGUCGGAUUGUGGCUGAGAAACAACUCACGAUUUUUGUACAAGGAAGGUUUUGUUUGAGACUCUUAUAAAUUGCAGAUUAAUCUUGAACCUAAAUAAUAAAAUAAAAUAUUUUGCACGAUAACCCAAAGACUUCUCAAAUAAAGGUCAGUUCUCUAAGCAU